GCGUGGGUUCUUUAUCACCAACAUGCCGCGAGAGUCAGACAUGGCCAUUGACUCAGGUGAUGCCACCUCCUCACAACAGGGUUCGACUUCUGAUCAGAGAUAUGAUGACAGUGACACAGUACCAGGCCAUUUUGGCGGUAGCCAGGAACGACUUCCUGAAAAUCUUUCGGAAGCUCGUCUCAAGCGCACAGGUCCUCUCAACAGAGGAGACCAGCUAUCGCCGCUACUGCACGGCACUUUUGGUGUUACGUCACUUUCAGUGCCCGGCAGCUGUGCAAGGCCUGACCGUGUCAGAGUGGGUCAACAGGAAGGAAGUUGACGACAGGGUGGUGAUUGGCUUCGGCCGAAAUGAAACGAUGCAGCGAGCUGCCUGUUUUGCCUUGACAAAGGAGGAGGAAGCUUGGUUGCAGGCAUAUUACUCGCACAUCCGGCCAAGAGUGAUCAGGAGUGACCUGAACUGUGACAGGUUCUUCCUUUCGUCAGCUGACACUGCUUUGCUCACAGUUUCGAAUGACCUCGGUGUGCUCCACAAAGCUUAUGAAAAAAGCUGGAGUAUGGGAACACUCGAAAACUUUUUAAGAGCCACCAGUCGUCAGGCGAGAGGUGCUUUAGAGACAGCGGCGGCUAACCUGACGGACACGGAGAAGGAGGCAGUGUUGUGUCCUCUUACCUGGCCUACAACACUGCUGUGGCCAAACUGCGCAGAGUACCUACGCCACAGACUGUAGUGGCCACGGCUACACUGCUGGACUCCUUGGCAGGCUCUGACACCGACCGGUUUUCCGGUCCAUCGGGCACGAAGUCUUUGGACUUUGCAGACUUUUUAAUGAAGUUUCCGGCAUCGGCAGACAGCAAAGCACCCACCAAACUGGACAGGUUAAAGGCAGGGUUUCCGGGCGAUCGUGUCUUCUACGACAAGUGGCGUGCCGCCCAAAAGGCCAAAAGAAUGGAACGGCUGCUGAGUAAGUACCCUGUUCAAUAAAUACCACGCUGACUACCAAAAUGAAUUUUAAAAAAUUUUGACAAAGG